GCUGCAGUCGCUCCUCCCUCCGUCAACCUCUCAGACGCGCUGCACUCAAGGGCUGUUAGUCUCGGUAGCGAAGUUCGCUGGACUGGUUAUUGGCUUCGGAGUGCUGUGUGGAGGAAGGUUUGCGUUGUGCUGGACACUGGUGUUUUGAAGAUGACCCCCCUGGCCCUCCUCGCUGUGCUGUUGGCUACCCUGGGGUCCUCCGUGGGGUCCCCAACCUCCACCUCCACCUUGGUUAUGAUAGGAGACCCCCCUGUGGUAAGAACCCCUGAGGAGAGGUUCGCCACUUUGCCUCAGCUGGGGUACCCCUGGACACCCAAGUACCUGCACAUGAAGCACCAAGGGAACCAGUUUGUCAGGGUGCAUUAUAUUGACGAAGGACCUCGCGACGCGCCCGAAACCCUCCUCCUCCUUCACGGAACCCCGGCUUGGUCUUACCUCUACCGGAAGACGAUCCCAACCCUCCUCGCUGCCGGAUACCGAGUCGUAGCCAUAGACCACAUCGGGUUCGGACGCUCGGACAAGCUCACGGAUCCGGAGGCUUAUACUCAUGAACUGCAUGUGGCAACAGUGGUAAACGCUGUACAAGAUCUCGACUUGAAGGGCGUGACGCUCGUGGGCCACGACCUGGGGGGCCCGACGGGGCUGAGUGCCUUAUCGCGAGACUCCGGCCGCUACCGCCGCGUGGUCCUGCUCAACACGUGGCUUCCUCAGGGCGACAUGUUCUCGUCCCUCUCGAGCAUCAAGGCGCACCUGCCCUACCUGUCCUUCCGCGGCCUCACCCAGGUCCUCGGCCGCAACCUGCCCUUGGAGACCGUGUUCUCCGUGGCCACGCAGUCCUCCGCCGCCGAAGUGCAGGGCUACGUGGCGCCGUUCCCUUCGUCGCUGUACAAGGCGGGUCCCUCCCGAUGGCCGCUCUUGAUCCCAACGUCCUACUCCGACCCCAUGGCGUCGAGAACCGGGCGGGUCGCCGCCUUCCUCGCGGGGUGGGGGGGGGCCGCCCUCGUGGCCUACAGCGACAGGGAGGUCUUCACUCUCCCCGGCCAGGACCUCUUCCGCCGCCUCCUGCCCAGAGCCUGCACGGCCACGGUCAACGACGCAGGACACUUCUUGCAGGAGGAUCAGGGACCUGCCGUGGCGCGUCUGAUCGUGCAGUUCAUCCACGGGCAGUGCUGAUGCGCGCGAGUGGGAUUGCGGAGGGGUGACUUAUUAUUAAUAUAUUUUUUACAUUUAUAUGACUGUUUAUCACUUAACAUCUUAACAUAGAUGUCAAUAUUUUUUUCUCUGAAAGGCUCUAAUUUAGGAGUAAUGUGAAUGCUACUGAAUGCAUACAAUGUGCUGCUUCGUACGAUGCAAGAGAGAAGAUGGGUUUUGUUAGGCAUUAUCACUUUUAAUUUAUGUCGUUA